CCCAGCCCAGACUGGGCCACGGGCCUAGGGGCUGCCCGGUUACCCUCCCUCACCCCUUCCCCCUCAGGGCAGCCAACAAUCCGCGGGGUACGGCUCGGUUUUAUGUGCGAACCGAUCAAUCUGGGAGGGUUUGCAUCGGCUUUAAAUGGAGAGGCAACUUGCGGAAGUGUGUGCCUGCCCGGAAUGUGUAUGAGCAAACCUGGGUGUGUGCAGGAUCUCGUGGCUCACCCUUUUACAAGGAGGACAGAAGAGGACUGACUUGGCACUGAAUGCCUCUGCAGCACUUUUUCAGUAAUAGAGUGUGAUUAACCAAGGAUGACAAUGGAAGAGAUGAGGAAUGAAGCUGAGACGACCUCCAUGGUUUCCAUGCCACUCUAUGCUGUGAUGUACCCAGUGUUCAAUGAGCUGGAGCAUGUUAAUCUGUCAGCUGCACAGACACUUAGAGCUGCUUUCAUUAAGGCAGAAAAAGAGAACCCUGGUCUCACCCAGGACAUCAUAACCAAAAUUCUGGAAAAGAAGAGUGUGGAUGUUAAUUUCACUGAAUCAUUACUGCGCAUGGCCAGUGAUGAUGUUGAAGAGUACAUGAUUGACAGACAGGAACCAGAAUUCCGGGAGCUAAAUGAAAAAGCACGAGCACUGAAACACAUUCUCAGCAAAAUUCCUGAUGAGAUCAAUGAUAGGGUCAGAUUUCUUCAGACAAUCAAGGAUAUUGCCAGUGCAAUAAAGGAGCUGCUUGACACUGUGAACAAUGUUUUCAAAAAAUACCAGUACCAGAACCGCAGAGCGCUUGAUCACCAAAAGAAAGAAUUUGUCAAAUACUCCAAAAGCUUCAGUGACACUUUAAAAACCUACUUUAAAGAUGGAAAGGCAAUUAAUGUGUUCAUCAGCGCCAAUCGGUUAAUCCACCAAACUAACUUGAUACUGCAGACCUUCAAAACUGUUGCUUAGAACCUCCAUUUGUGAAGCUUUUUAAUUUUCAAUCUUAAAAGGUUGACCUUUAUAUGUAAAUUUAAAUAGUUACAACUGUGUAAAUUAACACAUCCAUUUCAGAACUUGAAAAUGUUGAAUAAAAUAAUUGUCAACUUGCACCAUAUUUUUGUAAAACAUUGUAGCUAAUCAUGAUUUCUCAUUUUAAAAAAAUUGCAUAACUUUUGCUAUUACUAUUGUAUCCAAAACAAAGCCAAAAGAAUUUGCGCCUUAACAUAUCUUAAUGUAACAUUCCUUUGUGUAAAUAUUGGUGUUAUGUUUCUGAAGUUAACUUGCUGGCAAAAAAAUACAAGUUAUGUAUUUAACAUAAUUAGUCGCAAAUAAAUAGUUCACAAUUUGAUUAUGUUGUCUUCUAUUAAGAUGCAUUCUUAUAAUAAUACAACUGAGGAGGCUUGACUGCAAUUCAUUCGUAUGAAGCUAAUAUUUAAUAUGAUCACAUUUUCAGAUUGGAUUAAAUCUUUCAACUUGAAUCUAGAUCUUUGUGUUAUGCUGACCUGUUAUCUAUUUAGAUCUAAUGUAAUGUCUCCUUGAGUACUUGCACAACGUGUAAUUUCCAGUUGCGUUUAUACAGAGACCAGUCACCAUAGAAUAAAACUUCUGUAUGAAGAAA